CGUUGAUCUCAACCAGCUCCGACUUUUUUCCACUGCACCGGAGGUCUUCAUCCCGGAGCUCCUUCCCUUCACGCCGCCCCAAUGAACUGGCAUCGCCUCUCGCCUUUCGGGCUUCCCUCCAACCUCCCCACUUUCUGGCAGUCCGCUAUGGACGCCCCUCUAUCCUUUCGGGUCAGGCAGCUGGACGUGUCGAUCCUUGACGCAGACAAGAGGACGGAGUGGUGGAACGUGUACUAUGUCGCGCUCAGUUUCUGUUUCCUCGAGGUGAUAUUCCAUUGGGCCGAACCGGCCAACAAGGACGAAGAAGACGAAGUCCCCGACGAUGACGUGGAGAUGUUGAUAAUCCAAGCGUGGAGAACGGAUACGGAGGGGGAACUGUUGGGGAUCCUGUUCGGAAAGGUGAGGGGCGGACAUUUGGAGCCAAUCACGAGUGAAGUUCUGGUGUUACUGGCGCAACUCCUGGACGAUCUGCCUCUAGACAUCCUUUCGCGCUGUGACGAGCGGCCCACACCAGCGACGCUCACCCGUACGUUGAUACCGCAUCUGUUGUGGUCCAUGUGUACGAAGCUCGACGGCGACAACGGCUACUACCCCUCCUUGGGCCACUAUCUGGUCAUUGAUGUGACCGAUCUCACCUUGUGGGAUCCGAUCACUCGAAGGGUGGAAGCAGAAGAAGAAGUAGACGAAGAAGAAGAAGAAGAAGAAGAAGAAGAAGAAGAAGAAGAAGAAGAAGAAGAAGAAGAAGAAGAAGAAGAAAACUCGGGGGCGGAAUCUGACGACCCCGAUUACAACGAGUCACAGGAGAGUGAGUCGGGACGGAGUGGGUCGGACGGAUCGGGCAGCCCCAGUGAACGCAGCAAGGAGGAAGACGAAGCAGCAACACAAAAGAGACGAGAGAGGGCAGAAGGAAAGUGGCCAGUGGAAGAAUCAGACGGACCCACAAUGCGGCUAUUAAAAGGCGAUCCGACGCCCAAUCCAGAGCCUCCACAAGAGGAGCUCGGAGGAGAUAGCGUCACCGCCACGGAGGGAUCACGAAGCAGACGCCGUAGAAGAAGUCCUUCGCCAGCUCAAUCCUCUCCACCACCACGGCCCACCGUUCGCAUACGUGGAGAUGCGGGCGCUCGGGCUUCGUCCCCGGUCGUUAUCCCCCCGUCCCCUUGAUUACCUCACCCUUCAUCAGCUCGUGGGCCGACCCCCGUUGCCUUCUAACUGGCAUCCUUUCCCACCUUCCCUCUUCCACCAACUCUACACCACCCGCCUCAUCG